UCCCCCCCCCCCGCGGCCGCCUUCCCCCCGUGAUGGCGGAGGACAGCGAGUCCGCCGCCAGCCAGCAGAGCCUCGAGCUGGACGACCAGGACACCUGCGGCAUCGACGGCGACAAUGAGGAGGAGACGGAGCACUCCAAGGGAAGUCCAGGGGGAGACUUGGGAGCUAAGAAGAAGAAAAAGAAACAGAAGCGGAAAAAAGAAAAACCGAACUCCGGAGGAACCAAAUCGGACUCUGCAUCUGACUCCCAGGAGAUUAAAAUUCAGCAACCGUCAAAAAAUCCAGCCAUUCCAAUGCAGAAGCUGCAAGAUAUUCAGAGAGCCAUGGAGUUACUGUCUGCAUGCCAAGGGCCAGCAAAGAACAUUGAUGAGGCGACCAAACGUAAAUACCAGUUUUGGGAUACGCAGCCAGUACCCAAGCUUAGUGAAGUUAUAACAUCUCAUGGUGCAAUUGAACCAGAUAAGGACAACAUCCGUCUAGAGCCAUAUUCUUUACCACAGGGUUUUACAUGGGACACUUUGGAUCUGAGCAAUGCUGAAGUUCUAAAGGAGUUAUACAUGCUGCUAAAUGAGAAUUAUGUAGAAGAUGACGAUAAUAUGUUUAGAUUUGACUACUCACCAGACUUCCUCUUGUGGGCACUAAGGCCUCCAGGCUGGCUUCCACAGUGGCACUGUGGAGUCAGAGUAUCAUCCAAUAGAAAAUUGGUAGGGUUCAUAAGCGCCAUUCCUGCACAUAUUCGGAUUUAUGAGAGUGAGAAGAAAAUGGUAGAAAUUAAUUUUCUGUGUGUCCAUAAAAAACUGCGAUCUAAGCGAGUAGCACCGGUCUUGAUUCGGGAGAUAACCAGGAGAGUGAACUUGGAAGGGAUUUUUCAGGCAGUUUAUACUGCAGGAGUGGUACUCCCCAAACCCGUAGCAACUUGCAGGUACUGGCAUCGCUCACUGAAUCCCAGAAAGUUGGUAGAGGUGAAAUUUUCUCAUUUGAGUAGAAAUAUGACCUUACAGAGAACAAUGAAGCUCUACAGACUUCCCGAUGCUACAAAAACAUCAGGUCUGAGACCUAUGGAACAAAAAGAUAUUAAAGCAGUGCAAGAACUAAUUAACAACUACUUGAAGCAAUUUAAUCUUGCUCCUUUUAUGGAUGAAGAAGAAGUGGCCCACUGGUUCCUGCCUCAGGAUCAUAUUAUUGACACAUUUGUUGUGGAGAGUUCAAAUGGUGUUCUAACUGACUUUCUGAGUUUCUACACAUUACCAUCGACAGUCAUGCACCAUCCUGUUCAUAAAAGCCUCAAAGCCGCCUACUCCUUCUACAACGUUCAUACAGAGACCCCGCUUUUGGAUCUAAUGAACGAUGCACUCAUUAUAGCAAAGAUGAAAGGAUUUGAUGUGUUCAAUGCACUAGACUUGAUGGAAAACAAAGCAUUCCUGGAAAAACUGAAAUUUGGUAUUGGAGAUGGCAACUUGCAGUAUUAUUUGUAUAACUGGAGGUGUCCUGGCAUGGAUUCUGAAAAGGUUGGUCUCGUAUUACAAUGAGGAGGAAGGACAUUUGUAUUUAUAGUACUUGGAAGUACUCACCUGAGCUACUGGAAGCUAAGUGGAAUGGAAGCUUUUUGAUCAGUGCUGUUCAAGGGGAGCAAAAGCACAAUGCCUAAUAAACUCAGAAAAAUCCACUGAACCUGGGGGUGUGCACCGGGGAAAGAAGAAAGCCACGCGUGGCUAAUCCUGUGCACCUUCAGCUCUGGCUGGAAAAGCUCACGAACCUUUUAUUGUUUGUCAAUGAAAAGAAAUAAAGCACAUUUGUUUAAUUUUCAACGCUCAA